AUGGAUGAAGUGAAAGAAAUUAUUGUAGUCUGUGAUCCAUCCUACAAGGACAUUUUUGAAGGUUCAAGAUCUCUCUCUCUCUCCCCAGCUUUGCAUGAUAUGGGUUGUGCUUGGGUUGUUGAUAAACUCUAUUCUGAUGAAAAGAUCCAUGUGGACCUUAAAUUUGCACUGCCGGGAAAGGAGAGACAAGAUUCUGUAUACAGUGGGCUUCAGGAAGUUGAUUUGAACUCUGAGCUUGUUUGCGUCCAUGAUUCAGCAAGACCUCUGGUCUCGGUGGCAGAUGUGGAAAAGGUCCUUAAAGAUGGUUGGAUAAAUGGAGCAGCUGUACUUGGUGUUCCUGUUAAAGCUACAAUCAAGGAGGCAGAUAGUGAAUCUUUUGUAGUGAGAACUCUUGACCGCAAAACACUUUGGGAAAUUCAGACUCCCCAGGUGAUGAAACCUGACUUGCUUAAGAAAGGCUUUGAGCUGGUGAACAGAGAGGGUCUUGAAGUCACCGAUGAUGUAUCUAUCGUUGAGCAUCUUAAGCAUCCAGUAUACAUCACUGAAGGAUCAUACACAAACAUCAAGGUCACAACCCCAGAUGAUUUGUUGCUUGCAGAGAGAAUUUUAAGCAUGAACACUUGA